CCUAAAGGUUUCCCAUGAUGCAUUGCUUACGUAAAUAGAUAUUUGACAGCUGCUAGCGGGCUAAGCUAGCAGUACAAACUUUAUUUACUGUUGUUAAAAGCCAUUAUCUGUCGGCAGUCGUCCUUAUUUAGUAGCUGAAAGUGGUUGUUUGUCGUCCAUCUUGCAAAGAGGAAUAAGACGACGAUAACUGCUGGUGUUGCAAGUCUUGAUAAUUAAGAUCAAGAAGAUGUCUGGACCCAAUGGCGACCCUGACAUCUCCAUUGAUGGCGGCAUCAUUGAAGAUGAUGAUGAAUUCUCUGAUGAAGAGUUUGCAGCCGUCAACUCCAUGCUUGACCAGAUCAACUCCUACCUCGACGACCUGGAGGACAAAAAUGACGCCCUCAACAGCAAAAUGCACGAACUCCUGGAGUCCAAUCGACAAGCCCGACAGGAGUUUAGGGCCUUGCUCGCCAAGGAGGAGGCGGAGGAACGCCGGUCCGGGGACAGCAACUCAUCAACGGGAACCAAAGAAGACCAGAAUAAUAAAGAGACAAGUUAAUAUGGAAAUUUCAUGAUAUCAUUACUAAGCAAGAAAAUUGUAAAAAUGUUUUAGCUGUCAUUGUGAAUGUGUACACUAGUCCUAAAUGUGCAGUGUUUGUCUCUGUAAUACAUUUAAAUUAUGUAAAUGUGUAUUUAUUUAACCUUCUGGGUUUAGAAAUGACUGUUUACAAAGAAAAUUGUCAGACAUUUUAAUAAUAAUUAAAUGCUCCAGGAAAACUGAAAUCUAACAUCCAAAAAUACAUUAAAUUUCCAGCCUUUUAGAAAA